UGGCAGAGAAGAGGUCGUUUACAAGAAAGUCGCUGUGGUGGAGAAUUUCUUCGAUAUUAUUUUUGGAGUUCACGUUGAAAUGGAUGGUCGUGGGGGCAAACAUGCUGGGCAAAAACGAACUUAUAAAGCGAUUGCCAAGACGUACGCAUUUCUACCUCGUGAGGCGGUCACCCAUUUCCUCAUGUCCUGUGCUGACUGCCAGAAACGGAUGCACCUCGCCGCCGAGGGCGCUACUAACAACAACGGAAGAAAAGGCGGUUACCAAGGUAACGGAGAACGUAGUGAUAGCAGCGGCAGCAGUUCCCCGGAAUCUGGCUCUCCUACCCACGGCAACUGCAGCGCCACAGCCGAGGCAGCGACCGAUAUUGACUAUAGUUUACCAAUUACCACAACAUAUUUGAAACGAAUGAGAAGUUUAGGGUUUUCGGAUGAGGAUGCUUUGAACCCUGAAAAGAAGCAGGUAGGAGCCAACAUUAAGAGCGAGGAAGAAGAUGAUGCGACUGAAACGCCAUCUAGCGAAACUAUAGAAAAACAAAAUGCGAAUGAAGGCGCCUCGGAUGCUGGAAAUCAAAACGAAACUCAUAGAGUACUGUCAGAGCCCUCUGUUGGAGAAUCAAAUAUCGCCACACACAGCGGAAUGAAUUGUGAAAAGAAAGAAAACGAAAAUUCUGUUUGGUCUGGAGCAGAACCAAUCAAUAUGGUCAGAAGUUCCGGUUCCAUGACCUAUGCUGCUUCUGGAUAUCCAGCUGACCACUCAUACGAUCGGAUCUUGAGUCCACGAAAUGGCUCGGUUCCGCAGGAGACCACAACUGACGAUACUUCGCUUAUUACGAAAGAUGAAGAUGACGAGGAUGAUGACGAGGAUUCGGAUAAGAUUGAUAUAAAUAAAUACGAUCCUGAUAGGUUGAAGGCCUUUAAUAUGUUUGUUCGUCUGUUCGUGGAUGAGAACCUAGACCGCAUGGUGCCCAUAUCUCGACAACCGAAGGAGAAAAUACAGGCUAUCAUCGAAUCCUGUACUCGACAAUUUCCAGAACUUUCCGAGAGAGCAAGAAAGAGAAUCCGAACAUAUCUCAAGUCUUGCCGCAGAGCAAAGAGAACACGUGAUCACAACGGACUGGAGUUGGGACGAUCGGCUCCACACCUGUCAUCACCUAUGGCCGAACAAAUCUUAUCAACUGCCUGUGAAAAUGAGAGCCAAAAUGCCAAGAGAAUGAGACUAGGAUUAAAGCCUAUACCAGUUGAAAUAGAGCGUUCACGAGUAAUUUCACAAUCUGCCUAUACGCCUGUCUCAAAUCCCCAUAACGAUAGUGAGAUACUGCAGUCGUCUACUGUUAUGAACAGAAGUCAUCAAGCUCUCCACCAGGAGUCGCAAUUUCACGCGCAGCUCACGCAGUCUGCUCACCAUUCUUUAUUAGGGCCAGGAAGAAACAUGGCCCACCCAGGAACAUCUACCUCGACCAGAGCCUUCAUAAUUAACGGAGAAGCCCUUACUUCCCAACCGUCCAACAAUUCACUAUUCUCUAGCACCACCUACCGGGGAACUUCACAGUCAUCAUUCCAUGGUACCACCACCUUUCCUCAACAUUCCAGCAUCAACCACCAGAGUUCAUCAUCCUCCACGAUAACAAAUGGAAUGAAAAAGAUUCUCCUUUCCCGCGUCCAAGAACGUUGA